AUGACCCUCCCUACCCGCAAGCUUGGCAAGAACGGCCCCGAGGUCACAGGACUCGGGCUGGGCCUGAUGGGAUUGAGCGUAGCCUAUGGCCCGGCGAAGCCUGAUUCCGAGAGGAUGGCGUUCCUGAGCAAGGCGUACGAGCUGGGCGAGCGUAACUGGGACACUGCCGACAUGUACGGCGACAACGAAGACCUGCUGGGACGCUGGUUCGCGGCCAACCCGACGGCGCGGCCCAACGUCUUCCUCGCGACCAAGUUCGCCAACCGGCUGCACCCGGACGGCAGCCGCUCGAUCGACUCGUCGCCCGAGUACUGCAAGCAGGCGCUGGCGCAGUCGCUGGCGCGGCUGGGCCUGCCCAGCGUUGACCUGUACUACUGCCACCGGCUGGACGGCAAGACGCCCGUCGAGCUGACGGUGCGGGCCAUGGCCGAGCUGCAGGCCGCGGGCAAGUUCAAGUACCUCGGGCUGAGCGAGUGCUCGGCGGAGAGCCUGCGGCGCGCGUGCAAGGUCGCGCGCGUCGACGUGGUGCAGAUCGAGUACAGCCCGUUCGCGCUCGACAUCGAGAGCGAGCAGGUCGGCCUGCUGCGCGCGUGCCGCGAGCUGGGCGUCGCCGUCGUCGCCUACAGCCCCAUCGGCCGCGGCAUGCUGUCGGGCACGCUGCGCAGCCCGGACGACUUCGCAGAGGACGACUUCCGCCGCAUGGCGCCCCGCUUCAGCCCCGAGAACUUCCCCAAGAACUUGCGCCUCGUCGAGCGCAUCGAGGCCGUCGCGCGCAAGAAGGGCGUCACCGCUACCCAGCUGACGCUCGCCUGGCUGCUGCACCAGGGCCCGGACAUCAUUCCCAUUCCUGGCACGACCAAGGUUGAGCGGCUGCAGGAGAAUCUGAAGGCGCUGGACAUCCAGUUGACCGACGAGGAGGACAAGGAGAUCAGGGAGGCGAGCGAGAAUGCAGAGGUGGCCGGCGCCCGCUAUCCUGAGUUCUUCAUGCACGCUUGCUUUGCGGACACGCCGCCGCUGGAGGGUUGA